AACGAGUUUUACUGUUGUUGAUGCUCUUAGGUGUUUUAUUUGAUGAAAAGGCCAACUUUAAGUAAAAAAAUCGACCAACUGAUAUAUAGAAAUCACAAGUCAGCCACCACCAACGUUAUCGGUUGUCUUGUACUGCACGCGAUCAGAUCCGAGAUUUUUGAGAGAUUUCAAAGGGCUUAUGUAGGUAUGGCUAACAAAGAAUCAAGUGAGCUGGGGAAUUUACCAACAUCCCCAAUGGCUGAGCGGGCCCGAACGUGUGAAACUACCGGAGAACGGCUACGUAAUCGUGAGCUGGCCUAUGGUUUUGAUCUGGAUUACAAGAAUGAUCCGCCUACAUUAGUUCCGUGUACUUGGAGUAAAAACUAUGCUAUCGGUCUCUAUGGUAGGAUUGGACUCCAAUGCUACAAUCUUCAGAAUGGAACAAACUUAAAGUUUAAACGCUUGGAGAAACAUAGUACCAAGCGGACUGGUAGGUACUCCAGUGUCUACAUAACUUUGGACGCAACCGAUCCGGCCACUGGCUCUGUCUGCUCUUUUCAGACUCAGUUUAGCAAUGCAGGAAGCCACCUUCGGUUGAGGGCUAGGAUUACCUGGUUGACCUUUGCCGCCAGAAUCAAACAAAUACCUAACGAGCCUAUAGAUGAUGACUGGGACGAGGACACACCUGGAAUAAAUGAGUUCUACAAAGUUCCAUUGCCCAAAUGGUUUUCUGAUGAACGUGGCAGUAAAAAGUAUUACGUGCCAGAAUCAGAGCUGCAUGACAAUGACUGGCUUCAACUUCUCAUGGAAGUCGCCUUCUUCUCCAAAGCAAAUCGUCGUUUGGAUGCUUACCUACCCCUGGAGCUCAACAGUGUUGUUGUGGAAACUUUGGAAGAUGAGCCUCGUGACAAGCUCAAAGCUGAUAACGCAAUCUUCUACAUUAGUUACAAGUGUUGCGCCGAUCCUUGUUCAACGCCUUUGGCUGGUGAUCACCGUGCCGUAGUAAGGAAAACCAUGGAUGGCAAACCAGGCCACAUGUGUCUUGAGGUUGCUUUUACCAAAGAACAGAACAAGAAUGAAGAAGAGUAAUCUGCCUUGUUAGGUUCUAUCAUCAGUUCUAGUUUAUGCAGUUAUGUUUUCCAGACUUUUCUUUUGUUUCAUGUUUUGUGUUUAUUUAUCUCCUCUAUAUGCACACACGAUGUUGUGUGUUGUUUUGCUGGUGUUUUUAUGUAUUCAACACUCUUUUGAACAUGUAUUUUUGGAAUAUAUAUAUAUAUAUAUAUAUAUUUAUUUA